CGGCGAUGAAUUGGGACGCAGGCGCAGAUCCAGGGACCACUCCUCCAGCAUAGACAUGAGACCAUAGGGGACCUGUCUGGGGGACCUCAGGGAUAGGCACUGCCCAAGGUGUGAAUGAGGCAAGAUGAAUUGGACAGGUCUUUACACCUUGCUCAGUGGCGUGAACCGGCAUUCUACUGCCAUUGGUAGAGUAUGGCUCUCGGUCAUUUUCAUCUUUAGAAUCAUGGUGCUGGUGGUGGCUGCAGAGAGUGUGUGGGGUGAUGAGAAGUCCUCAUUCAUCUGCAACACACUGCAGCCUGGCUGCAACAGUGUCUGCUAUGAUCACUUUUUCCCCAUCUCCCAUGUUCGGCUGUGGUCUCUGCAACUCAUCCUGGUUUCCACGCCGGCACUCCUUGUGGCCAUGCAUGUGGCUCACCAGCAGCAUAUCGAAAAGAAAAUGCUUCGACUCGAAGGCCAUGCGGACCCCCUUCACCUUGAGGAGGUGAAGAGGCACAAGGUUCACAUCUCAGGGACACUGUGGUGGACCUACAUCAUCAGUGUGGUCUUCAGGCUCCUGUUUGAGGCGAUCUUCAUGUACGUCUUUUACCUACUCUACCCAGGCUACACCAUGGUGCGGCUGGUCAAGUGUGAGGCCUUCCCGUGCCCCAACACAGUGGACUGCUUUGUUUCCAGGCCCACCGAGAAGACCGUCUUCACUGUCUUCAUGCUUGCCGCCUCUGGCAUCUGCAUCAUCCUCAACGUGGCUGAGGUAGUGUACCUCAUCAUCCGGGCCUGUGCCCGCCGGGCUCAGCGCCACUCCAACCCACCUUCCCGCAAGGGCUCUGGCUUUGGUCACCGCCUCUCACCUGAAUACAAGCAGAAUGAGAUCAACAAGCUGCUGAGUGAGCAGGACGGCUCCCUGAAAGACAUCCUUCGUCGAAGCCCAGGCUCUGGGGCCGGACUGGCCGAGAAGAGUGACCGUUGCUCAGCCUGUUGAUGCCAGUUACCAGGCAACCUCCCUUCCAGCCCCCUCCCCUGCCCUAGACCUGUCCCUCCUGCCAACCCACUACCUGCUGGUGUGUGCAGGCCUCUGCUUGCUAGAGAAUCCC